CUGUGCUUGUUAUAGGGGACAUCAGCAGAAAUUGCACUGAAGAUGGCUGGUCUGAACCUUUUCCUCAUUAUUAUGAUGCCUGCGGCUUUGAUGAAAAUGAAACAGAGUCUGAUAACCAGGAUUACUACUAUCUAUCUGUGAAGGCUCUGUACACGGUGGGAUACAGCACUUCUCUUGUUUCCCUGACCACCGCCAUGGUUAUCCUGUGUCGUUUCAGGAAGCUUCACUGCACUCGAAAUUUUAUCCACAUGAACCUCUUUGUUUCAUUCAUCCUCCGUGCAAUAUCUGUAUUCAUUAAAGAUGGCGUUCUUUAUGCUGAACAGGAUGGCAACCACUGUUUUAUCUCAACGGUGGAAUGCAAAGCAGUGAUGGUGUUCUUUCACUACUGUGUCAUGUCCAACUACUUCUGGCUUUUCAUUGAGGGAUUGUACCUAUUCACUUUAUUGGUAGAAACGUUUUUCCCAGAGAGGAGAUACUUCUACUGGUAUACUAUUAUUGGCUGGGGUACCCCAACAAUUUGCGUCACUGUCUGGGCAGUGCUGAGACUUCACUUUGAUGACACUGGCUGCUGGGACAUGAAUGACAACACUGCCUUGUGGUGGGUGAUCAAGGGUCCUGUGGUUGGAUCAAUCAUGAUAAACUUUGUGCUUUUUAUUGGCAUAAUUGUGAUACUUGUGCAGAAACUCCAGUCACCUGAUAUCGGGGGCAAUGAAUCCAGCAUUUACUUGAGACUGGCUCGCUCUACACUACUGCUUAUCCCCUUGUUUGGAAUUCACUACACGGUGUUUGCUUUUUCUCCUGAAAAUGUCAGUAAGCGGGAGAGACUAGUGUUUGAAUUGGGACUGGGAUCUUUCCAGGGUUUUGUUGUUGCUGUUCUCUAUUGUUUCUUGAAUGGGGAGGUGCAAUCAGAAAUAAAGAGAAAAUGGAGGAGCUGGAAAGUCAACCGGUAUUUUGCUGUGGAUUUCAAACAUCGUCAUCCUUCUCUAGCGAGCAGCGGAGUGAACGGGGGGACACAACUCUCCAUUCUGAGCAAGAGCAGCUCUCAGAUUCGGAUGUCCAGCAUAAAUGCGGAGAACCUAGCGACAUGA